GCGGCCUGAUAGCCCUUUACGACAGGCAGCGAAGAGCGGGCCGCCGUCGCUGGCUCGGUUUCGGGCGGGGGCGCGGGGCUUCUGGCUGCCAUCGCCGGGUCCGUUCGCUUUUCACUGCGACCCCCGGCUCCUGACCCCAGUAGCGGCUCGUCUGUGGCGAGAGAGCGGGGGCCGGCCCGGCCCUGGCCUGACCUGCGAGGUGACCUUGGUCGAGUCCCCUGCCGCGCGGAGCCCGUGUGGCACGGGCCUGUCAGAGACCCAGUUCUCCAGCGGUCGGGGACACAGACCUAGAGCGGCCCCACAGGCUGCCCUGUGGCAGGGGAAGCGCCGGGCCACCUGGGGAGUGAGGAGCGGGGGAGCUCGGUGGGGGCGGCGGAGAUGCCCCUGCAUGUGAAAUGGCCGUUCCCCGCCGUGCCGCCGUUCACCUGGACUCUGGCCAGCAGCGUCGUCAUGGGCCUAGUGGGCACCUACAGCUGCUUCUGGACCAAGUACAUGAACCACCUCACCGUCCACAACAAAGAGGUGCUGUACGAGCUCAUCGAGAACCGAGGCCCAGCCACGCCCCUCAUCACUGUCUCCAAUCACCAGUCCUGCAUGGAUGACCCUCACCUCUGGGGACCCCUGCGGCUGCAGACAUCUGCUUCACCAGAGAGCUGCACUCCCGCUUCUUCAGUUUGGGCAAGUGUGUGCCCGUGUGCCGAGGAGACGGCGUCUACCAGAAGGGAAUGGACUUCAUUCUGGAUAAGCUCAACCAUGGGGACUGGGUGCACAUCUUCCCAGAAGGUCAGUGGCGCUGGCAGGGUUGCACACACCCCCAGCUUCCCAGCCUCACCCCUGUCCUGUCUCUCAACAGGGAAGGUGAACAUGAGCUCCGAGUUUCUGCGCUUUAAGUGGGGAAUCGGACGCCUGAUUGCCGAGUGUCAUCUCAACCCCGUCAUCCUGCCACUGUGGCAUGUCGGAAUGAAUGAUGUCCUCCCUAACAGCCCGCCCUACUUCCCCCGCUUUGGACAGAAAAUCACGGUGCUGAUCGGGAAGCCCUUCAGUGCUCUGCCUGUGCUCGAACGGCUCCGGGCUGAGAACAAGUCGGCUGUGGAGAUGCGCAAAGCUCUGACCGACUUCAUUCAGGAAGAGUUUCAGCACCUGAAGACCCAGGCGGAGCAGCUGCACAAGCACCUGCAGCCCGGGAGGUAGACGUCAGCCUGCCACAAGCCUGCCAGCUCCUGUCCCCCGCCUGCUCCCUCUGGCCUCCAGGCCCGGGAAAGAGGCAGCUCCGACCUAGGACCCAGCCGCCUGCUCUCAGUGCUGCCUUUGGGUCCUUGCACAGCACAGGGCUCACCUGGGGGAUGGACUGAUGUUUUGAGGUCACAUACAUUUUUUUAGACAGAUGUGUACAUAAGCCCUGGCAGGUGUCCUGUCCUCGUCAGCGAGCAUUCCCCCCGCUCUGAGCCGCUUCAGUGGAAGGAAGCGUUUCAGCUGUUCCUCCCACUUGGGCAUGAAAGAAAGGAGAAACUUUGGCGGGGCUCCUCUCUUACCUCCAGGUGUCCCCUUCCAGCACUGGCAUCAGGACGGAGGGGACUUGAAGGGGGGCAGGUGGCCAGGCCGGAACUUUGGGUAGCGGUCCCUGAGGCCCUUGGCCUGGUCUUCUCCCACCUGCCCCAAUCUGGGAGCCGCUCACCACCUCCUCAGAGACGGCUGCCAGCCUCAUCUUCCUUCUGCCCGCACUUUCCACAGGCGUGGGGUCCUCGGGCAAGGCCCAGCCCUGGGCUGCAGGCGGACGAGCCAC